AUGUCGUCAGCCACCCUAAACACCGACAUUCUCCACCACACCCUCGCUCUCCUUCCAGCCUCCUCUCUCGCUACGAGCCUUUUGGCAUCCAAGGACUUCUAUAGGCUUUGCUCGCCGCUUUUGUGGAGGGAGGUCGAGCUAGAUCUUGGCAAAGAGGGAGUAGAGCACCCGCUGGUGAAGGCUCUCAUCGCCGGGAGUCGGAGUGAAGUACAUGGAGAUGGUUGGAGCACCUCGCCAGCACCAUACGUCCGACACCUCACUCCCCUCGCACACACCAACGCCUCCCCCUGCUCUCACAUCCAUCCCCCAGUUUCAACCAGCGGACCCCACACCAACCCACUCCCAAACCUCAUCACUCUCCACCUCACCAUCCACCCCUCCUCCCCCGUCGGCUGGUCCUUCUGCGCCCCCUCAGACCGUGAGCGAUACCCAAUCUACCCCGCUACCCUGCCUUGCCCCUUACUCGAAAUCCUCCGACCCCGAAGGCUCGUCAUCAGCCAAGUCCGCGGCCUCGUCAGCCCGACGCCGUUCAGGAAGGGGUGCGGGGUAUGGGAGGAUGUGAGGGAAGUCGUGGUGAGGUUGAGGGUAGGGGGAGGGAUGUGGAGUGUUAAGGGGAAUAAUUGUUUUUGGGAGAUGCUUGGGGACAAGGUGGAGCGAAUUGUGGUUGUGGUGGAUGAUCUGAAAGGUCGGGCGCUCCCGUUUGAAGGGGAGAAGAUUGUGAAGGAUAUUCGUGAUAGAGUAGUUCCUCUGGCUUUGAAGAGGGGUAUCUCUAUCCUUGUUGUCAACCUGCCUGUUUCACCCCAGAAUUUCGAGAUGGCGGGGAGCAGGGACGGAUAUGCGAAGGGGGACGUGGGAGAUGUAAUGGUAGAAGGGGAAGGCGAGAAAGGGGAGAUCAAAUUUGAGACGAUGGAGGGGUGGUUGAAGACUGGCCAGUGGGUUGGGGUGUUUUCGCAGCAAGAGGUCAAGGUCCUCGACUACUACUCUCAGCCUUCUUUCAAUCAAUAA